UUGCCUGGAUUUUUAGUAUAUAAACAAAUCGAGGCACUCCAGUCAGACAUUAGUUAACUACCACAAGACAAACUAACCCAAUCCCAAAAGCAAAAUGAUGAAGUUCAUGUGCAUUUUCGUCUGCGCCAUCGCCGCUGUCUCCGCAAAUGAGUACGGUCGUCAAGGAUACGAACACUCGAAACUUGGCGGUUAUGCCUACCAGGUGCAGCCUGCUCUGACUGUCAAGGCUAUCGUGCCCGCUGGCGGUUAUGGUGGCGGUUAUGGCAACAACAACCGUGGAUAUGGUGGCAACAGCUACGGUCGCAGCAUUGAGGUCCCAGUCUCCGCUGUCUACACUUCCAACCGGGGAUACGGUCAUGGUUAUGGUGCACCCGCUGUCGAUCGUCAGGCUAUCGGUCUGGCCAAGCUCUCCCUGGCUGCCCCCAACGCUGGCAAGCCUCUGGUCUGGAACGAGCCCCGUCAGGUGAUCGAGGAGUCCUACGGUCAUCGUCAGAGCUACGCUCCUCAGCAGAGCUAUGCCGAGAAGGCUCAGGGUGCUUCGGCUGCCGCUGCUUCCGCUGCCGUUGCUGGCAAGAAGAACGAGGGCUACGGCUACAAGAGCUCCGGCUAUUAAGCGACUUAAUAAAACAGUGAACACAUAGGAUGCUUAAUGCUAAACGAGUUAAGCCAAUAAGGCGUAGGAUGUAAUAAAAACCCAACAAAAAAUCAUACAAAAAUCCAAA